AUGGUUCUCCUGGGGUCCCCAGGGAAAGUAUCAUCUAGAGUGCUGUGCCAGGUUCUGGGCUCCUCAGUACAGGGGAGAYGUGGAGAUCCUCGAGCAGCAACUCCGAACGGGAAAGGGACGCGCUKGGACUCGCCCGCUCCCCGGGAAUGCCGCCCCCGGCGCGUCACCUUGGCCCGUCCCCUCGUGACGCCGGGAGCCGAAGGGGGGGGGGAUACCCUCGGCAGGGUCUCGGCCCGAGCGCUGGGAGCCGGCCCGGGACCCAGCAAGGGACCCGCGGUGCCGGGCCGGGCCGGGGCGGAGCGGGGCGGGGCGGAGCGGGCAGUCCGCGCGCGGCAGGAAGCGCUGCUGCUGGCGGCCGUGCUGCUGCUGGCGGCCCCGCCGCGGCUCCGCGCCGCUCCCGAGGAAGAGCCCGGCAGGAGGAAGGAGCCGCCGCCGCCACCUCCGGCGGCGCAGGGAGCGGAACCGCGGGCUGAGAAAGGGUCCUCACUAGUUGCUCCCGUUCACAUUGUCAGUGAAGAGUCAGCUGACAAGACUAAUUUGGGCUUUAUUCAUGCAUUUGUGGCUGCUAUAUCAGUCAUCAUCGUAUCAGAACUGGGGGACAAGACCUUCUUCAUCGCAGCCAUCAUGGCCAUGCGCUACAACCGUCUGACUGUACUGGCUGGUGCUAUGCUUGCCCUGGGACUGAUGACAUGUUUGUCAGUUUUGUUUGGCUAUGCCACCACGGUUAUUCCUCGUGUGUACACAUACUAUGUGUCAACGGCACUGUUUGCAAUCUUUGGCAUCCGAAUGCUUCGGGAAGGCUUGAAAAUGAGUCCAGAUGAGGGUCAGGAAGAGCUGGAGGAAGUUCAAGCUGAAAUUAAAAAAAAAGAUGAGGAACUUCAGAGGACUAAACUGUUAAAUGGACCAGGAGAUGUGGAAUCUGGGCCAAGCACUACUAUACCUCAGAAGAAGUGGCUACAUUUUAUUUCUCCAAUCUUUGUUCAAGCUUUUACUUUAACAUUUUUAGCAGAAUGGGGUGAUCGUUCCCAAUUAACAACCAUAGUCCUGGCUGCCAGAGAGGACCCUUAUGGUGUGGCAGUAGGAGGAACAGUGGGACAUUGCCUAUGCACUGGUUUAGCAGUUAUUGGAGGGAGAAUGAUAGCACAAAAAAUUUCUGUUAGGACUGUGACAAUCAUAGGAGGUAUUGUCUUCUUAGCAUUUGCAUUUUCUGCACUAUUUAUAAGUCCAGACUCUGGUUUUUAAAGUUUUCCAUUGCUGUAAAAAAACAAGGAUUGGAAGCAUCAAGCAGUUAUCCUUGUGCAUUUUUGUAUAUAAUGUACAGAAUUCUAGUUAAACAAGUGCUGAAGAUGAGACACUGAACUUUUUAUAGCAGAUGAUUCAUCGGACCGAUCAUUUUUGGACAGCUUCUGCAGUGGAGAUCUGCUUAUUGUCUGGUUUGUUUGUGCUGUGGUUCCUGCUCCUGUGGUGGGAUUUGAGUGGUUUUCUCGCUUGCUGGACCUGGCUCAGCUGAGUUCAAGGAUCUACUUUCCUAAGUAUUGAGAAUUCCUCUCUUCUUCCUCCGUUAUCCACAACUGCCUUCCCUGUUUCUGCAAGAGCUGAUUCUUCAGGCCUCUCAAAGCAGACAGUGUCUUGUUCCUCAGCAGAAGGUGUUAAAGAGAAAACUGCUGGCUCCCACCUCCAGAGAUGGUGGUUCCAURGAGUGCCUGAGGCUGGAUAAUCUAAGCAAGAAGAAACCUGGGAGCAGUUCCUAUGGCAUCCAGUGGCUGAGCCAGCCAACAGAGAUGUUAUAAACUUAAUUUAGAGGGAAAACUUCUUAAUCAGGGAUUUUUAUCAGGAAAUUGAUGUGGGGUGAUUAACAACCUACUGUGUUCAAUAUGCAAUCUGGAUGGAGCUAGUAUUAUUUGACUUUUUUAAAAUUUUCAAAUAUUAGGGUAUACAGAAAGUAAUAAAGUGAUCCUACUUAACCAUGUUCUCUUCCCAGGAUUGAGCAGUAAUGGAAUUCUUAGGUUUAGAUGUAUUCCUGAUUUUUCUUUUUAGGAAUAGAAAUGUAAUCUGGAGGAGUAUUAAUAAAACAUAGUGUCUCCA